UUGGAGUGUCAUUGGCAAGGAUGUGUGGGAGGAGUCUAGAGAAGAUGCUUAUGUUCUGAAGGAAGUGAAUCGUACUUUAAUUGUUCUGAUUUUUAAUUUUUUUUAAGAGAACAGUCCAAUCUUUUGAGGAUUUUAGAUUUUCUUUUUGGUGUAUUUCUUUGUAUAAGAUUAUUGCAAAGGUGAUGAUCGGAUAAAUGAAACAGAUUAAAUUGUGCAAUCUUAUUUCUGAAGAAUAGAGUGGAUUUGUGCCACAAAGAUCUAUUCUUGAAGGCAUCAUUAUCGCCAAUGAAGCUGUUCAUACAAUCCGGAUUGCCAAUGUUUGAGAGAAUGCUUAGUUAAGUUAGAUAUAAAAAAGCUUAUGACAUGAUGAAUAGGAAUUUGCUUUUGCAAGUGAUGGGACAAAUUUGGAUUUUGUUCAGACUGUGUGGCUUGGGUCAAAAGUUGUAUUUCUUCCCCAUAUUCUCGUGCUAGUCAAUAGCAACCCGUAGGGUUACUUUCAUUCUUUAUUUUGGGUAGAUUCAUUUUAGAAGAUGAAUCAGAGGAUAAAUGGAAGGGAGUGAAGAUUGCAAUAGGCAUGGAUGUCACUACUCAUCAACAAUUUGUAGAUGAUAUAAUUCUCUUUGGGGAAGGAUAUCUCGAGGCAGCAAGUUAAUUGGAUCUUUUUCUUUAAGACCAACUUAUGUAAGCAAAAGGAGAUACCCAGAGUAUUGGGUAUUAAAUCGAGUAUUCUUUUGGGAGAUUUCUUGGUACCCCCUUUUUUAGGGCUUGUAGAUCAAAUCUCUAGAGAAAACUGGUAGAUAGUUGCGUGGGGAAGUUGGAAGACUGGAAAAGCAAGUGGUUGAUGGUUGCAGACAAGCUUUUGAUGCCCAAAACUGUGUUUCAUGAUUGAUUAAUUAUAACAAUUUCGGCUAGAUAGCCAAGUGAAUAUGGCCUUGAGAAAGCAUCCAAGGAGAUUGGCAACCGUGAAGGAAGCGAAAGACAAUCUGCGCGAGGCUUCGCAAAUGGGCAAUGAGGAUCUCGUUGAAAAUCUGCUGAAUGAUGGAGCCGAUCCUUUUGACCCAGACCGUGAAGGAAAGACAGCCCUACACUACGCUGCCGAGGGCGCAGACGACGAUAUUGCUUGCCGAAUUAUUGAAAAAUUACUGUUUGAUAAAAAGAAAGGAAGAAUCAACUGGGAGAACGCAUCAGCAGCUGAUAAGUACGGAAGAAACGUGCUUCAUGUUGCAGCUUUGCUUGGACGGAAAGAGCUUUGUAGAUUGAUCUUGGAGAAUAACACAAAUAUAGACACCGAGGAUCGUGAUGGACAGAGUGCUAUAUAUUAUGCAGUUGCUGGGCCUCAUGACGAUCCCGAUGUUUUGGACACCAUUUUAGGAGAGCAAGCUACAAAUCAAGUUCUUCUCGAAGAUUUCAGCAAAACAACCCCUUUGCACGUGGCUGCUGGUAUAGGCAACUUAAAAAUGGUGGAAAAGCUUCUUUCAGUGAUUCCAGAGCAAAAGCGUAAGAAGGACUAUGUUGUGGCAGCAGACGUGCUGGGUCAAACAGCACUGCACAAAGCAGCAAGUGGAGGCCAUUGUAAAGUUGUUGAAAUGCUUCUCGAAAGUGGAGCCCAUCCGUUAAAAGAAUGCGACUAUGACGGCAAAAGAGCUCUGCAUUUUGCGGCUGAAGCAGAUGGCGAAGAUGCCGUGAAAAUAGCUCAAUUACUUCUGGACAAGUGUGAAUCGAUCGAUCAGAGAAACCUGCUUUUUUUUGCUUCUACAGAUGGAAUUGGUUUACGCUCCAAUUCUUCGCUUGACGAAUAUCUUAAGCAGGAAAUGGAUAAAAUAAAAGAAAGACCAAUGUACUACCACGUCCUAACAUUGGCGGACAAUAUGCUUAGCGUAGCGGCAAGAUUAGGCGAUAUUGAUAUGACACUGGAGUGCCUCACCAGGGGCGCAAGUAUUGAUUUCAUUCGCGGUAGGAAAUUGACAGAAGAAGAAGAAAGAAAUGUCCAAGAUGUUCUUCGGCGUAUUGCCUUAUCGUUUGGUGUUGAAGUAGAGGCGGACAUACCGGCUGGGCACGAUACUCUUGGACGAAUGCCCUUUGCCAUUGGUCUGGCUGCAUUAUUUUCCAAUCCUUUAGUGCAAUCUCCAAUUAAUGUGGGAAUCUUGGGAGAAUGGGGAACGGGAAAGUCUAGUGUAAUGCUUCAGACAGAGAUCAUUCUUCUAAAGACAGCGGCACACUUAGCAUUCACAGGUUCAUUUCAAAAAGAAGGCUUUUCCAGAUUAUCCGUAACUGGAAGAGCCAGGCGUAGGAAAAUAGCAAAUACGAUAGAGAGGUUAGAAGCUAAAAGAUGGAUUGGCCUCAAUAUUAUUCACAAUAUCUUUUACUCUAUCAAACGAGUAAAGAACUUCAUAGCAGAGGCAUAUCUCCUAAUUCACCAUAUGCACUACUUUUUGUGGGAGCUCCGAUAUUAUUGGGAGAAAUCUGCACCUUUCGAUUUGCCCAAGUUCAAUGACUUCUUAAAAUAUUAUCAACCUAAAUAUCAUCAAAUUUUCGAGUCCCUGGCCGUCAUGGACAGGCGUGAUAUGUUUGACUUUACAGAAGAGGAAAAGUCGUCGCAAGGGACUACGCCUUCCAUUUUGACUGUACAAUACAAUGCGUGGCAUUAUAGGAAUGAAACCCAAGCAUGGGCGGGUCUCGCUGUCGAAAUCACAAAAGAACUGGAAGCAACCAUGACGGUGGCGCACAAGCUCAGGACUAGCUGGAUGUAUAAUUGGACAAACCACAAGAACAGCAUCUGUUUGAAAGUCAUCUUCCCAUUCUUUCUCGCACUGCUGGUGGCCAUCUUUCUCAGCAUCAUUCUAUGGUUGGUACUUGGUACAGCCCAUAAUAAAGAUAUAAGGAUACUUAAAUAUGGAGGUGUACCAGCAUCCAUGAUUGUAGCUGCUUGGGGUUUGGGAAAGUCAGUCAUGUCUUUUGUCAAACCAAUAAGUUCUCAAAUCGAGAACUAUAUAACUCUGCCAGACCAUAGCCAAAACCUUGGUUAUCAUAACAAAGUUAUUUCUGAUAUUAAUUUUUUGAUAAAACAACUCUCCUAUAGACCCUCCUGGAUGUUGAAGGCGUUUGCUUUUAUAUGGUGCUACAUUACAUUCAGUUGGGAUGAGAACUAUGUUCCAGGAACAAAGAUUCCAAAGAUGCACCCUGCUUGUAGUGACAAUCUUAGGAUAAUAGUCUUCGUCGACGAUCUCGAUCGUUGUGAGGAGAAUGUUAUUCUGCAGGUAUUAUCAGCAGUGCAUCUGGCUUUGGCUGCUUGCAAGAUCAACGUGAUUAUGAGCAUGGAAAAGAACAUAAUCAAAAGAGCAAUUAUAAGAAAGUACGGGAGCAUGAAAAGCAUAGAUAAUAAGUCCAACGAGGACUUAGCUGACAGAUUUUUAAGGAAGAUAGUUCAGGUGCCGCUACACCUAGCGGCCCCUAGUGACAAAGACUCCGUUAACCUUUUGUACAAACAGCUAGAUAUGUGGGACAGUAGACAAGGGUCGGAUCCAGCAGCAAAAAAGGAAAGAUACAGUAGGAAAGGCAAUCCAAAGUUCCAAAUUGGAACUUCAAUUCCAGAGAAACCUCAACUAGGAAAAGGAGAAAUACAAGAAGGUUUGGUAGAAUCUGAAGCUACAAAGCAAAAAACCCUCAGCAUUUCAGAUACGACUCAACAAGAAUUAAGACUAGCGCAAGAGCAAGAAACAAUUGAGGAAGAAGAAGGCUCUGAAGUUGAGGAAAGAACGAUUGAGAUGCCUGACAUUGAGAAAGCAGAGAGGGCAUCUCUGAUCACACAAAUAUUCAGCUAUGUUUGUGCAUUACCGUGUUUGUGCAAUGUACGAUCACACAAGGAGAUAGAUGAGACAACCAAAGGAGAUGAACAAGCUGAUAAAAAAAACCAAGAAGAUGUUAAUAGUGAGCGAAGUCUUAUGGAUGAUUUAAAUUUCAAAAUAAUGAGUAAAGUGCUCCGCGUUCAGUACAGCCAAGGAGAAAAAAAUGCUCUUCACAUUUUUUAUACUCAAUCCGCACGCAGUAAAAAGCUUCCACGAGAGUGGAAAUGUUUGAAGGCAUACCAUCGGCUAGUAUUUUAUAUUUUGUCUCUAAGCCCCGAUGUUGACCCAGUGCAAGGAUGGCGGGUUCAACUUAUUGCAUGGAUUUUCGUCUGCUGGGAAUGGAGGGACCUCAUUACAACUCUUAUACAAAAAUGGACCAAGCUUGAGGUUUUGAGAAAUUGGAAAGCUCAACACGGGCCUUCUCUGAGAGAGAUCGUUGAGCAUUAUAUUGAUGAGAGGUGGCCAGCUCACAGGAAGAGAGCCACAAAAAAGAAGAAUGACGCCAUUGACAGCCUCAGCAACAUGCCAGAGAAAAACAUUACUACAAUUUCCAGCGAGGAGGAUACAAAAGAAGAUGAUAAUCUAAAGGAAGUUCUAAAAAAGGUUUUGAAAGAACAGGAGGAGAUGAGGUCUAUGCUGAAAAUGAUCAUCAAGCAAGUUUUCAAAGAGGAAGAAGACAAGAAAGGAGAAAGCUCUGCGCAACAGGGCACAACGGUUAAGGAGGAUCAACCAAUAAUCAUCAAGAAAUUUUUUAUAGAGGAUGAAGACAAGGAAGGAGAAAACUCAAUGCAACAGUACACAAUGACUGAUGAGGAGGAGCUAGAAGAGUGGAAUAAGCUAAGACUUACAUUGCGCCUCUUCAAUGUUUCAAUGGAUGGAAUUCAAGCCUUCAAAAGAUUUAUGUUUAACUGCGAGCCUGGAUAUCUUCCAUGGCCAUUGCCCAAAUAAGUCUACACCUCAACAAAUAUUCGUAUACAUUAUGGAUUUGGGCAACCACUCAUCUUGUGUGUUGUGCUCGUUACAAAGAAGUUAUUCUCUUUCUCUAAUUUAACUAUCUAUUAAUUUUCUGCUGAAAUAAAGUGGCUUGUUGGAAUA